AUGGAGGAGCGGAAGGCGGCGUUCAGGGACGGCGGCAAGUGGACGGAGGCGGUGAACCUGGGGCUCGGGAGCCCCGCGCUCAUCAUCUCCGGGCUGCUCCCGUUCGCCAUCGACGGGGACCUCGGGUUCGGGAAGCCCAGCCUCGUGAUGCCGUGGGUGCGCCACGGCCGGCUGGGGUCCGCGUCGGUGACGGUGGUGCCCAGCCCCAGCGGCGACGGGUCGUGGUUCUUCGGCGCCACCAGGAUGUGGCCACGUCUCAUGGAGGUGGUCGAAUCCGACCCUUUGCUGAAGCCGGCAGCGAACCUGGGGAUGGCGACGCCGACGGCGGCGGCAUCUCGUCUGUGA